AAAGUUAGUGCUUCCGUCUUUAUUCGACUCUUCAAAACCAAAGUCUCCUUCGAAAAACAACAAACAAACAACGAUGGCGAUGGCGAACUUGGCUAGAAGAAAGGCUUACCUUCUCACCAGAAACAUCUCCACUGCCCCUCUCAGAUCCUCCUUCUCCCUCUCCCGCGGCUUCGCUUCGUCCGGAUCCGACGAAAACGAUGUCGUCAUCAUCGGCGGCGGUCCUGGAGGCUACGUGGCGGCGAUUAAGGCCGCACAGCUCGGUCUCAAGACAACCUGCAUCGAGAAACGCGGCGCUCUCGGUGGUACUUGUCUCAACGUCGGAUGUAUUCCUUCAAAGGCUCUUCUUCACUCUUCUCACAUGUACCAUGAAGCAAAGCACGUUUUUGCCAACCAUGGUGUCAAGGUCUCUUCCGUUGAGGUUGAUCUCCCUGCCAUGUUAGCUCAGAAAGACACAGCCGUCAAGAAUCUCACCCGCGGUAUCGAAGGCCUCUUCAAGAAGAACAAGGUGAACUACGUUAAGGGCUACGGCAAGUUCCUCUCCCCUUCUGAAGUCUCUGUGGAGACAACCGAUGGAGAAACCACCGUUGUGAAAGGGAAGCAUAUCAUUGUUGCAACUGGCUCGGAUGUCAAGUCUUUGCCCGGCAUCACUAUCGAUGAAAAGAAGAUUGUCUCGUCGACAGGAGCACUGUCUCUGUCUGAGAUACCGAAGAAGCUGAUCGUCAUUGGCGCUGGCUACAUUGGUCUUGAGAUGGGUUCUGUGUGGGGACGGCUUGGAUCAGAGGUCACAGUUGUUGAGUUUGCAGCUGAUAUUGUGCCCUCUAUGGAUGGCGAAAUCCGCAAGCAGUUUCAACGUUCGUUGGAGAAGCAGAAGAUGAAGUUCAUGCUCAAGACUAAAGUAGUUGGCGUGGAUUCUUCAGGAGAUGGCGUCAAGCUCAUAGUGGAGCCUGCAGAAGGUGGAGACCAGACUACUCUCGAAGCUGAUGUUGUCCUUGUCUCAGCAGGAAGAUCUCCCUUCACAUCUGGACUUGAUCUUGACAAAAUCGGAGUUGAAACUGACAAAGUAGGGAGGAUCCUCGUGAACGAGAGGUUCUCAACCAACGUUUCAGGCGUUUACGCUAUUGGAGAUGUGAUUCCAGGACCAAUGCUGGCUCACAAAGCCGAAGAAGACGGCGUGGCUUGUGUUGAGUUUAUAGCAGGCAAACACGGACACGUGGAUUACGACAAGGUCCCUGGCGUUGUCUACACAUAUCCUGAAGUUGCCUCUGUGGGUAAAACCGAGGAGCAGCUGAAGAAAGACGGUGUGAGCUACCGAGUUGGGAAGUUUCCGUUCAUGGCUAAUAGCAGAGCCAAGGCUAUUGAUACAGCAGAGGGAUUGGUCAAGAUUUUGGCUGAUAAAGAGACGGACAAGAUCUUGGGAGUUCACAUUAUGUCGCCAAACGCGGGAGAGUUGAUCCACGAGGCGGUUCUGGCGAUUAACUAUGAUGCGUCUAGUGAAGACAUUGCUAGAGUCUGUCACGCUCAUCCCACCAUGAGUGAGGCUAUCAAGGAAGCUGCUAUGGCUACCUACGACAAGCCCAUUCACAUGUAGAAGAAGCUCCACAGGUAAAAUCACGGUUUAGUUUUUGGUUCUGUUUAGGCCAAAUCGAGAUCUUGAACCCGUGUGGUUUUGGGUAUAUUUGGUUUGGUUUUUAUAUUUUCGGUUAAACCUUGAUUUUUUUUUUUACUUUCUCGUUGAUAUGGGAUGAGCUCAAAGAAUAUAACUUUACCACUCCUUUGUAAUAAUUUGAAAUGUUCAAGUAAACCAAUUAUGGUUCAUCGGGUUUGAUCGUUGGUUUGCUUGACCCAUUUUUUAAUUGAGUAAACCAAAUUCAAUGUGA